UGGCCGCCAAACAUGUCAGAGAUAUAACUGUGUUUUGAGCUGUCAGGUACAAAGUGUCAGAAGUGUAGUUGACGUUUCUGCUUGCUAAUCCGAUAGCGUUAGAUAUAUUGUUUUAUUAGUGAAACAUGGGACUCUCGUCUAUCAUUUUGGCGCCUUUUAGGUGGUACAGAAGGAACGUCGUAGACAAAAUACUAGAAGCGAUCUAUUCCAGGCUUCGAAAUAAAAUUGAUAAUACGUCAGAAGUCGUCCUCAAAGCUGGCGUAGGCGCAGCUGUAUUAUCAGUAAUUAUUUGGACAUCAGUAUUUUUAUAUGUAGCAUUUUAUUACACCUAUAUGCCGUCUAUUAGUCACACAAGACCGGUGCAUUUUCAGUUUGACUCAUGUGUAGAGAAAAGAGGAAUAUGCAGCUAUCCUUCUGCUAAAGUGCAGCUAACACGAAAACAGUCACUAUUGAUGGUUGGACAGCAAUACAAAAUGUCUCUUAACAUAGAAAUGCCAGAAUCACCUGUAAAUAAAAGGCUCGGUAUGUUUAUGGCAUGUGUACAUUUGUAUGACAGAGGUGCAGAGUUCAUUUCAAAAUCAUGCAAGUCUGGCAUGCUGCAUUAUAGAAGUCCUCUUCUGCAGACAUUGUCAACUGUUGUUCUUUCACCUCUUUUGAUAUUUGGUUCAAAAGAAGAGAAGCAAAUAAUAACACUUGAAAUGUUUAGUGACCUAGAAGAUGACCAAGUACACCCUGUCACAGACAUAUUUGUGGAACUCCAGACUCGCCAUAUAGAACUGUACUCAGCAACUUUGAACAUAAAUGCUCGCUUCACUGGACUGCGGUACCUGAUGUACAACUGGCCAGUACUAUCUGCCAUUAUUGGGAUAAGCUCAAACAUGUUUUUCAUCAUGAUAAUUUGUGUCUUGUCAUGGCUUCGUGUUGUCAGAUCAGAUAAUAUGUCCGAAUUUGAGGCAGAACUUCUACGUAGAAAUUCCAGCAAUGGCAGCAAAGCUAGUUCGCAGUUCACCGGAGACAUCUCACAAGAUGACUCAAGCCUGAUGGGUGACAAUGGAAAGCAAUCUGAAUCUGAUGUAGUGCCAUUGGAGAGCAGAGAGCAGUCAGAGGUUUCUGAAGCUGAAAGUUUUGAUCUUAUUCGUACCUCUAGUGUUGAAGUUAUAAGAAGCUGAUUAAUUUUAUUACCUUAAAGUACAAAGAAUUAUGGUUGCAUUCACUGUGUGUAAGGUACAAAUGUUGGUACAAAUGAUGUUAAUUUCUAAAUAAGAUUUUUUAUUUUUUUCUUGCCUUUUAAGAGAAGUCUGAAAUCAUUCCCAUUCCACUGUUGAUUAUUGAAGUGUGUAUGUACUGCUCAUACCUUGACAUUCUGUCAAAAGUUCCUCUUGGUAUUACUGUCCUGAAGAUAUAAUGUAGUAUAAUAUUGUGAUUUGGAUUCUUGCUGUAUGUAGCUAUGAUUCAUUCAUAUACAUACAAAGUCCACAUCCUUUAUGAAAGAAAUGGCUUUACAAAGACUGAUAAACAGUGAUACUAGCAGAAUUUAACAUAGAAUUCACAUUAUGAAAAAUGUAAAAUGUUACCAAACACCUUUUAUAUCAAGCAAGAAGAAUAAUAUCAAUAUUCAUAUUUUUUCAGUCUUUGCAAACGUAACAUUGAGUAAUUUUAAAUAGUUACAAUUAUUUUACUGCAUAAAGUUACAAUAAUUCCAUAUACCGGAAGACCACAAUAAUAGUCAAUGGAAAUGUUCAUUUCCUAGUUGUAGAAAUAAAGUGCACCUCUGUACAGGGAUCAUGGCAAUCAUUUUUGAUAUGUUACUCAUUGUGUGAAACAUCUACUAUUGAAAGUAUGUACCUGUAUUUUACUGUUGUUCCUUCUAGGUGUUGCUGAAUUGUUUGUACUAUCAACAUUAAAGAUUUUGAGAAUUAUUUUUUACAUUCUUUGUCUGCUGACUUUGAUAUUUAUGCAGCAGGACUGUUAUGAUUUUAUCUUAGACUGCUUAGUAUUACACUGGUUACUGUGAAAGAGAUUUUAUUGAGCUUUCAUUGCAUUUUAUGCUGUCAAAGACUUUAUUGUAUUGAUAUACACUUAGAAUUAGUUUGUGUUGACUACACAGUUAUCUGUUUUAAUAAUUUUGAGGCUGUGUGUAAAACAGUGUAUAACAUUGUUAACCAAAAAUUUUAGAGUGAUUUCUAAAGACAUUAGUUUAAUUCAUAUUUAGUAUUGCUUCAGUCUUGUUAAUAGAGACAACUUUUUAUUGGCCAUUAACCAUAUUUUAUAUA